AAAAAAAAAACACGCGGCUGUUGAGUGCAUUACUCAUAUUCUUUUUUUUCGGUUACUUGCAAGUGAGCGUGAAUAGAGUACCACCACCCCCACCCCAAAAAAAAACCCCCCAACCCCAAGCAAACCACCUUUACUUCUUCUUCUUCAACUCCCCCCUCGCCAAAAGGCGAUUAAAUUUGGGAAUAGCGGAGAGCAGAGCGGAUCAACACAAAGCGAGAGGCUAUCGUCGAUGUCAUAAGUUGUUUGCUUAAUGAUUGGAAUUAAAUAAAAAACUAUAUUACUACUUGAAAUGCUGAGCUGCUCCAACAUUAAUAAGGUUGUCGUCGUCGUCAGCAGCAGCAGCCAAUCGUCAUGGUCCUUCGAGCCUUCGAGCAUAAACAUUGAAAACAAGCAUAAAAACAACCGAGACACGUGAAGCAACGAAAAAGAAAAAAAACUGAAACUGAAAAAGGACCAAGGACGAAGGAUAGUUCCGCCGGCACUCUUGGAACUUGUUUUUGAAGGGAAACCUGAUUACCAGGUUCUUGUUAAAUGGGUAAAAACAUCAGCAGGAGCAGGAGAAGCACGGCUAUUUGCGAGCUUAGAGCCCACCACUGUCCGCCGGGACGACGGGACAUUAAUUAAUCACGGCCUUGUCAUUCGCAAGGAUCAAGGAGUGGCACAGCGAACGAACGAAGGAAGAAAAAAACAACACAAGCCGAAAGAGAAGCCGAAGCGAAGGGUGCAGAAAUCAAAUUAACAGUGCGUCAAAAGGAUUAACCCCGAAAAAGGGCAGGAGUUUAGUUUAGAGCACGUACACAGGACGCGGCGAGGCGAGUAAAGAGCCCCGGACUACCGGAAUCCCGACCACUUGGUGGCACGUGUUCGGUGGCUCGUUGUCGCGGAUUAUAAACAAAUCCCGAUACACAGAACCCAGAACCCAAAACCAAGCUAUGAUGGCCAGACGACUGGGGAUUCUCCUACUCCUCCUCCUCCCCUUAGCAGCUGGGACAUCCGACUGGAUGCAGAGCUGCGGCCCCUGCCAUUGCCACUGGAAUUCGGGUAAAAAGAGCGCCGAUUGCAAGAACAAGGCGCUGACAAAGAUUCCCCUGGACAUGAGCAACGAGAUGCAGGUGCUGGACUUUGCCCACAACCAAAUACCCGAGCUGCGGCGCGAGGAGUUCCUCCUGGCCGGUUUGCCCAAUGUGCACAAGGUCUAUCUGCGCAACUGCACCAUCCAGGAGGUGCAUCGCGAGGCCUUCAAGGGUCUGCACAUCCUGAUCGAGCUGGAUAUGUCGGGCAAUCGGAUAAGGGAACUCCAUCCGGGCACGUUCGCUGGCCUCGAGAAGCUGCGCAACGUGAUAAUCAACAACAAUGAGAUUGAAGUGCUGCCGAAUCACCUGUUCGUCAAUCUCAGCUACCUUUCACGCAUCGAGUUUCGAAACAAUCGACUGCGGCAAGUGCAACUGCAUGUGUUUGCCGGCACGGUGGCGCUGAGCGCCAUUUCGCUGGAGCAGAAUCGAUUGGCCCAUUUGCAUCGGGAGACAUUCCGGGAUCUGCAGAAGCUGAUGCAUUUGUCGCUGCAGGGCAAUGCGUGGAACUGCAGCUGCGAGCUGCAGGAUUUCCGGGACUUUGCGAUCAACAAGCGUCUGUAUACGCCGCCCACCGACUGCCAGGAGCCGCCGCAGCUGCGUGGCAAGCUGUGGAGUGAGGUGCCCUCUGAGAACUUUGCCUGCCGGCCACGCAUCCUGGGCUCCGUGCGAUCCUUUGUGGAGGCGAAUCAUGACAACAUCUCGCUGCCCUGCCGCAUUGUCGGCAGUCCGCGGCCGAAUGUCACCUGGGUGUACAACAAGCGGCCGCUGCAGCAGUACGAUCCCCGGGUGCGAGUCCUCACCUCCGUGGAGCCGAUGGCGGCGGAGUCCCAGUCCUCGGUUCUCACCUCGGAGCUGCGCAUCGUGGGCGUGCGGGCCUCGGACAAGGGAGCCUACACCUGUGUGGCCGACAAUCGGGGAGGAAGAGCGGAGGCGGAGUUCCAAUUGCUCGUCAGCGGCGAUUAUGCCGGCGCCGUAUCCUCGUCCGAUGGCAUGGGAUUGGGCGGCAUGGGUGCCAUUGGAGCGCCCACCAUUGAUCCGCAAACGAAUGUGUUCCUGAUCAUCUGCCUGAUUACCACGACACUGCUGCUACUCCUGAUUGUCGUGGUGCUGGCCUUGUUCUGGUAUUGCCGAAGGAUUAAGACCUACCAGAAGGACACCACCAUGAUGAGCGGCGAUGGGCUGAUCUCGUCCAAGCUGGACAAGACGCACAACGGCUCCAUGCUCGAGGGCUCCGUCAUUAUGGAGAUGCAGAAGAGCCUGCUCAACGAGGUCAAUCCCGUCGAGAAGCCGCCACGGCGCACGGACAUCGAGAGCGUGGACGGCGGCGACGAUGUGCUCGAGAUUAAGAAGACGCUGCUCGACGACACGGUUUAUGUGGCCAACCACUCGCGGGACGAAGAAGCCCACUCGGUGGCCCUCUCGGACACGACGACCACGCCCCGAUCGCGACACACCUACGUGGACGACGCCUACGCCAAUAGCUUGCCGCCGGACCUGCUGGCCUUCCCCGCCCGCGUGCCGCCCACCUCGCCCUCGAUGCAGUCCUCGCAGUCGAACAUCCCCGACCAGGUGAUCUACGGCAUCCGCUCGCCGCCCUCGCUGACCAGUCCCGUCUACACGCACAUGACGCCGCACGGCAUCUACGGCACCAAGACGCUCACAGCUCCGCACAAUGGCUUCAUGACGCUGCAGCAUCCAAAGUCGAGGAACCUCGCCUUGAUUGCCACCGCCAACAGUAGUCGCCAGCAUCAGCAUCAGCUGAAUCAUCAGCAGCAGCAGCUGCAGCUGAAUCACCAGCAGCAGCAGCAGCAUCUCCUCCAGCAACAGCAGCAGCAUCCGCUGGCCACCACAUCGCCCUUCCUGCCCGCCCCCGUCGUUUACUCGCCGGCCACGGGCGUGGUCAUGAAACAGGGCUACAUGACCAUACCGCGCAAGCCGCGAGCACCUAGCUGGGCGCCCAGCACCUCGGGUGGAGCCACAGGCGGAGGAACCAUCCAGUUGAGCGAAUUCCAGAGCCCCACAUCGCCGAAUCCCAGCGAAACAGGCACUGCCACCACCGCGGAACUUCAGGCGGAGCCCGUUUACGACAAUCUGGGGCUGCGCACCACAGCCGGCGGUAAUUCAACAUUAAAUCUAAACAAGAUCGCGGGUGGAAGUUCUAAUUCCGGCUCCCAAGCCGCAGGUCAGCAGUACUCGAUGCGGGAUCGUCCGCUGCCGGCCACGCCCAGUUUGACGUCGGUGAACUCGGCGAACAAUGCGGCGAAUGCCAGCAAGAUAUACGAGCCCAUACACGAGCUAAUACAGCAGCAGCAGCAGCAGUUGCAGCAGCAGCAAAGGCUAAGCUCCUUGGACACGGAGCCGCUGUACGGUGUGCGGCACCAGGGGAUCACGAUACUGCCCGGUUCGAGUAUCAGUGGGGCAGGAUUGGCCUAUAUAUCGCCCGUUCCGUCGGCUGUUUCGCCCAGCCAUGCCGGUGACUCGCCGAAGCUGGCCAAGAUUCCACCGCGACCACCGCCGAAGCCCAAGAAGAAGAUGUCCGUGACGACGACGCGCAGCGGUCAGGGCAGCACCAGCCAGCUCUUCGAUGACGAGGGCGAGGAUGGCACCGAGGUCUAGUUUGGCACCUAGUUUGGAUGAUAUGAGAGUGGAGGAAACGGAAUGGUAACUUGGAGAUGCAGCAAAAUAUAACAUCAACAUCCGCUGUUGCGGCUUGUAAAAAUAGCCGACAGAAGUAAGGAUUCUAUACUGUUCUGUUCCGUGGUUCACGCCACUGCGUGACUUGUGUGCCAAACGACUGAUGUAGGUUUUAGUAAUUAAAUCGAUGAACAUGCAACACAACAGAAGUCUUCGGAUGCAAAUAAACAGAAGACAGAA